AUGGGUAUAAUUCGUGACUGUCGGGUGGGUCCGGACCGGAGUGUGAAUCGUGCUCGUUCCUGUCCAUUGACUGCCGCGUUAGGGAUGCAUUUCAUUGUGAGUCUGCCUGAGGAGUCGCAUCGGACGUCUCAACUAUCCCACCUCACAUUCCUUGUUCACUCUCGCUCACUCUUUUCCCGCUCUUCACGCCGCAUUGUGCGACCAGAUGCCCUCGUCGCAUGGGUCGCACAGUCCGACGCCCGCGUGUAUGCGACGGAUCGUUUCAUCUUCAACAAGACGACCGAAGGAAUCGCACUCGACGACAAGCAGGACUGGCACGUGCUGGGCGGCAGCCAGACCACGAACCAAUCCACCGGCGACACGUGGACCACCGUGCACGUGUGGCGCCAGCUGGACACGGGCGACUGCAACGACCGCCCGAUAGUUCCCGGGAAGCUUCACAACGUUAUCUGGGCCAUGGGCGCCACGACUGACGUCAGCUAUCACAGCUCCGACCGCGGCGCGUCCGCCCUCGUGCUCGCGCCUGCCCCCGGCCCGUCCAUCAUCGCGCCUGCGCCUCCCCCCUCCGCCUCCUCCUCCGCGUCCGCUGCGUCUCUGGCUGCGCCGCAGCAGGCAGGGAAGCAGCCGGCGCAGCAGCAGCAGGGGGAGAGCAUGCUGAAUUUCACGUUCACGAAUUACCGCUUGCCAACGGACUUCACGACCUAUCGCUGCAAGGCGUUUCAGUUUCUUCUCAUUCCCAAGGAGUACGGCAAUCUCAAGGGCGCAGGGGCGGACUUUGACUGCCUGCACGACACGCCAUGCGCCACCACUGUCGCCGUGUGGGCUGUGUUCUCAUACACACCCUGUGCUCUCCUCCUCCCCCUUUCCUGCCCCCUCACAGCAAGGAGUACGGCAAUCUCAAGGGAGCAGGGGCGGACUUUGAUUGCCUGCACGACGACUUCGAGAAUCUGGAGUAACCAUUCCCCCCCUCUCCCCCCUACCCUGCCCCCUCACAGCAAGGAGUACGGCAAUCUCAAGGGCGCAGGGGCGGACUUUGACUGCCUGCACGACACGCCAUGUGCCACCACCGUCGCCGUGUGGGCUGUGGGCGGCAGACCCUUCACCUUCCCGCCCAAUGUCGGCUACCCCAUCGGCCCCGGCCACUUCACCAAGUUCGUGCUGCAGGUGCAUUUCACCAACCCCAAGGCGCGCGCAGAUCUCAUUGGCAGCUCAGGGCUGCAACUGAAGCUGGCUCCGUCCCUCCGCCCCAUGGACGCAUCCAUUAUGCUCUCGGGCCAUGUGCAUUUCACCAACCCCAAGGGCCGCGCAGACCUGAUCGACAACUCGGGGCUGUACCUGAAACUGGCGCCCUCCCUCCGCCCCAUGGACGCGUCCAUCAUGCUCUCGGGCCCCGUGCCCUACGAGUAUCUCAUCCGCAUCCCCCCCCCCCAUGUCCUCCUCCCCGUGCCUUACCCUUCCUCCUCAGGUGCAUUUCACCAACCCCAAGGGUCGCGCAGACCUGAUAGACAACUCGGGGCUGUACCUGAAGCUCGCCCCGUCCCUCCGCCCCAUGGACGCGUCCAUCAUGCUCUCGGGCCCCGUGCCCUACGAGGCCGCGCAGACCUGAUCGACAACUCCGGGCUGUACCUCAAACUGGCGCCCUCCCUCCGCCCCAUGGACGCGUCCAUCAUGCUCUCGGGCCCCGUGCCCUACGAGUAUCUCAUCCGCAUCCCCCCCCCCAUGUCCUCCUCCCCGUGCCUUACCCUUCCUCCUCAGGUGCAUUUCACCAACCCCAAGGGUCGCGCAGACCUGAUAGACAACUCGGGGCUGUACCUGAAGCUCGCCCCUCCGCCCCAUGGACGCGUCCAUCAUGCUCUCGGGCCCCGUGCCCUACGAGGCCGCGCAGACCUGAUCGAUAACUCGGGGCUGUACCUGAAGCUCGCGCCCUCCCUCCGCCCCAUGGACGCGUCCAUCAUGCUCUCGGGCCCCGUGCCGUACGAGUAUCUCAUCAAGAUCCCCCCCGGCAUGCCCUCGUGGACGCAAGUCAGCACGUGCCCCGGCGAGUGCACUGCUGCGGUGUUUAAUAACGAGAGUGUGAAGAUCAUCGGGUCCUUCCUGCACCUGCACACUCUUGGGCGACAGAUCAUCGGGUCCUUCCUGCACCUGCACACUCUGGGGAGGCAGGUGAGAGACAUGGGCGGACGAGGCAGGGUUAUGGUGACAGUAUGGCCUCGUGGCAUGCCCUCGUGGACGCAAGUCAGCACGUGUCCGGGCGAGUGCACCUCUAAUGUGUUCAAGAACGAGAGCGGGUCCUUUCUGCACCUGCACACUCUGGGGCGACAGGUGAGAGACAUGGGCGGACGAGGCAUGGCCGUGUGA